AUGUCUUCCUCUGUUCGAGAACGUGAGCACGACGAAGAACAAAUAGAUCGCGACACUAAGCGCCAAAAGCUCGAGUCUGCCCUGGGAACCACGACUGCUGAGGUGACCGUGACUGAAGAGAGUGUUCUCAAUGAACACCCCGUCGAUUCUUCAGACGUUCAUGUACUUCCACCAAGCCAUGCGUUGCUAGGAACUCCCCUACCCAAAGCUGAAUCCGGUCGUCCUCUCAAUUUCUUAGAAACAGACGUUGGGAUCUCAGAGUAUGUUGGACGGAGUGUGUCGAAGAUUGAAGGGAUUAUCAAGCAGAGGUUCACGGACUUUUUGGUAUUCGAAGUCGAUCUCGAUGGCAAUGUCAUACAUCUAAAAUCAUUGGCAAAACCGGAUUCUUCAAAGAAGCACAAUAAUGGGGAGGAAGAGGAACAAGGAGAACCUUCAGGUCCUUCUUCCGGUCGACAGGAUCUCGGUGAACCAAUGCAGGGUGUUGAAACAGCCGAAAACGACGAGAAUCCGAUUACCCCGGGUAGCAAACUUGCUGAAGAGGUAAAAGUAGAAUCGUCCACCACUCUCGACGAUUUGACAAACCCUUGGCCGGAUUCCUUCAAUACAAAACUUGCCCCAUUUCUAUCUGGGAGUGGAAUAGCCCAGCUCAAGGAAAUAUACCUUCAAGGUCCAGAGCCUCCGAGAGUUAGUGAUAGCGGCUGGGGAGGACGUGGAGCGAAGGGUGAGGAAGCCUCUGGGUCUGUGGCACCCUCAGAAACCCCAGAAUCUACUGCAACUACAGUAAAAUCGGGGCGAGGAGGUCGUGGUGGUCGUGAUCGUGGAGGUCGAGGCGGUAAACGAGGUGGUCCUGGAAGAGAGGACCAUAGAAAAGUGGUUUCAGAACCAUUCGACUCAAAGGACCAAAGGACCGCCUUCCAUAAAGUCAUACGUGAACUGUUCAAAGGAAAGCUGGAAACCGAAACAGACACCUCUGGAUCUACACCUGAAGAUGGUUCUAGGAUUGUCAUCAAAUGGGGUCGUCGUGGUGGCCGCGGGGACAGGAGGGAUGGCAGGGGUCAGUCCGGGGAUCAAGCAAGUCGCGGGACCUAUCCUCCAUAUGUUCACUUCACGCUUCAGAAAACCAAUCGCGACACGCAAGACGCCCUCUCCCAUCUUUCUCGUAUCCUUCACGUCAACGUCAAAGACCUUGCUGUUGCAGGAACAAAAGAUAAACGUGGCGUAACUGUCCAGCGCGUCUCACUUAAGCGAGGUAACAAGACGGUCGAAGAUGUGUGGCGCCUUGGGAAUCAGGUUUCAGCAAGGAAGUCUACUAGUGAUGCACUCAAGCAGAGAGGCGAGAGGGGUGUCAGACUUGCAGAUUUGGUGUACCGGAAAGCUGGCCUUGAACUCGGCUUGUUGAAGGGGAAUGCCUUUGUUAUUACUCUUAGGAAUGUCCAAGUAGAUGCUAUGGACACCCUAGACAAGGCCUUGAAUAUUGUGAAGACCAACGGGUUCAUUAAUUAUUAUGGUAUGCAGAGAUUCGGCACUGCAUCGGUUCCAACGCAUGCAAUCGGACUUGCAUUGCUGAAGGGAGACUGGCAUAAAGCCGUUUCACUCAUUCUACAAACCCGUUAUGGAGAACAUCCGGAGGUAGAAGCUGCACGUAACGCGUGGUUGAAAGAGAAGAAUAUCGACAAAGCGCUUUCUUUAAUGCCACGACGCGUCGUUGCGGAAAGAUGCAUUCUAGAGAGUUACAAGAAGCAAAGUGGGGACACCCGUAAUGCUAUGGGAGCUCUCUCAACGAUCCCCCGUAACCUUCGGUUGAUGUAUGUACAUGCCUACCAGUCCUAUGUCUGGAAUGCUAUCGUUUCCGAGCGUGUUCGCAUGUAUGGCACAGAGAAGCCCGUAGUGGGUGACCUUGUUUUCGAUGUCGUACCGGAAACUAGUGCGGAGAGAGAGGAUGAUGAAAUGGAUACCAACGAGCCGGAUGAGCCAGUUUCUAACCGGCAAAGGAAGAAGCAGAACAGGAAACCUUGGACCCCGCCCCGUAUCAAGACCCUCACGGAGGAAGACUUUGGAAACUACACCAUUUUCGAUGUGAUCAUGCCACUUCCCGGGACCGAUGUUGCUUAUCCGGGCGGGAAGCUUGGGGAACGGUAUAGGGAAUUUUUAGUGAUGGACGGGCUGGAUCCAGAUAACUUUGUUCGGAAGCAGAAGGACUACACGUUAGGAGGAUCCUACCGGAAGGUCCUGCAUCUGCCAAACGAAAUGAGCUGGUCAGUACUGAGGUACACCGACCCAGAUGUUCCUUUGGCGCAAGCAGACGAGGAUAAACUGUUGGGUUUUGACCCGCCAUUAGUAUCGGAGGACGGGAAAUUCAUGGCUCUUCAGAUCAACCUCCAACUAGGAACUGCUUCGUAUGCCACGAUGGCUUUAAGGGAAAUCACUAAAACGGAGACUAGCUCGCACUACCAGACGAACCUGACGAUUGCCGCUGAAGAUCAGAAAUAUAGAGGUGUUGGGUGCGAUGGGCAGGACGAAGAUGUGGAAGAGCCUGUACAUGUAUCUGAAGAGAGCUAA